UAUGUGGUGUUUCGGGUUCAAUUCGCUGUUUUGUUAACUGAGUCUGGCAUGUGACGAUUAACGGUCGAGUUUGAAUUCCUGUCAUCAGCCGACGGGGAAGGGGGGAAGCGAAGCUAACCUGGUUUUAGCCUGCUUUAUCGCCCUCUAACUGGGAUUAGCCUGCUGUGAUGUUAGCGCUGGCGGUGCUCUCUGUUUUUUUAGACACCCUUAUCGGUCACUGUGUCGGGCUAGUCAGCCUGGAUUUCGGCGGGGUUUCACCCGUGUUUGUCGCAGCGGACAGUGCUGUUUAUUACUCUGUUUUUUUUCUUCCUAUUACGGCUCUCAUUAGCCUGUCAGUGCUCAAGAGAGCUGGGUUAGCCUGCCUCAUAAGCCCUGUGUGCUGGCUGCGCUGUGCCGGGGUACCGCUCGGGUGUAGCUUGUUAAGCUAACGUUAGCUAGCGCAAUUAGUAUUGAACGUUACCAGAUCAAAGACGUGAAAGCUUGUCUCAAAUGUGGACGAAUGCGCAUUUUGGGGGGUUACGUGUUCGCUUCAUGUGCGUGUUUAUUGUGAAGACAUCGUCUUAUUUAUGGAUUGAGAAAUAAUGUCACACCAAACAGCGGGAUAUUUAAUGUCUUGUUUCACGCGAUUUGACCGUUAUAUCGGACAUUAGCGUCACCUGUACGUGUGUGUAUGUGAGUGUGUGUGAGAGAGACACACAGCGGGGGCGAGCCGCGGUUGUAAGCCCCGCCGUGCCCUUUCGAAGUCGGCGUGUGCGUAAAGCUGGACCGCGGUGCCUUCCCAGACCAGACUGUAGUGUAGACAGUGAAUGUCAUUAUCAGCGCUGUCUGCAUACCAGUGCCGUCGUGGCGAGCCAGCGGAGGAGGCGAGGAAGCGGAUCAGAACAUUGAAAACGUCACUGACCAUCAUGCAUGUGUCUAACAACCAGAAGAUUUGUGUCAUUUGAAAAGACUUGAGGAGAAAAGAGACGCGGAGGACUAAAAGAACUCAGUCAGCAGACAGAAACGACGAUAACCCAGUGCUUAGACAUGGCCAGCACCCAGACCAGUUUGAAAAAUCCUUUCAAAGACUUGACCUCAUUCAAGGGCAACAUGAAACGGCUGUACAGAGAACGACUGGAGGAUGCGCCCAUCAAGAAGCGAGUGAUAGCGGAGAUCAACUUGAAGCGUCGCAGUCUGGAUUCCUCCCCCAAAACUCCCAGGGUGAAGAGGGAGCAAAUCGAGGAUCUGUGUCAUGACUCUGACAUGGAUGUGGAGGGCCGGGCUGAACUGCACGUGGUGGGCUCUGCUAAAGCCCUGGACCUGAGCCCUGGGCUUAAACACACACUGGCCCAGUUCACCCUCAGCAGCCAGAGCUCUCUUGGGGGCCCAGCUGCUUUCUCAGCCCGCACUGGCCACGAGCACUCCCCGGCCGGCAUGCCCCCCCUGCCCUCACCUCCUGUUCUGGGAGGGGGCCCCCUGCUGGUUCCCUGUGACAGCUCCACUGAACUCACCCACUCGCUGCUGGAAGGAGAGUCCAUCUCCUGCUUUGUUGUCGGGGGAGAGAAGCGACUUUGCCUGCCCCAGGUGCUCAACUCUGUGCUCCGCGACUUCUCGCUGCAGCAGAUCAACACGGUGUGCGAUGAGCUCUACGUCUACUGCUCACGUUGCGACGCUGAGCAGCUGCACAUCCUCAAGGUGCUGGGCAUUCUGCCAUUCAACGCACCUUCCUGUGGCCUCAUUACGCUGACGGAUGCACAACGGUUGUGCAACGCUCUCCUGCGUCCUGGGGCAGCCUUGCCUGCUGACCCCAAUGGUAAGCUGUCAUCCCAGGGCCUGUUGAAGGAGAGCGAAGCCAGCUUCCAGGUGGAGCACCAGUGUCUGGGGAAGUGCCAGGGUCUCUUUGUGCCCCAGUUCUACACCCAGCCCGAGGCCCCCUGCAUCCAGUGCAUUGAGUGCCAGUUGCUCUUUUCACCACAGAAGUUUGUCAUGCACUCACACAAGUCACCUGAUAAGAGGACCUGCCACUGGGGCUUUGACUCAGCCAAGUGGCCCUGCUACCUGCAGCUUGCCAGGAAGUACCAAGGCACGCCUGAUGAGCCAAAGCUCAAGCAUCUCCUGGAUGAAGUCAAAGAGAAGUUCCAUUACAAGCUCAAGCGGUCGCUAGACAAAAAGGCAGUGGAGGAGGAGGAGAGCCAGGUGAGGAAAUCCGUGGCAGAUCUGUGCUCCCCUGGCAGCAAGUUAGCCGACGCCGACCCUGCGAGAAAGGAGAAAACAUCUCCACCCACUCUGGUUUUCAACCGUCUUUUCUCGGACAUCAAGGAGGAGCCAGGACACCCCACCCUGGUCCAUCCCAGUUACUACCUGUACACGUACGACAAAAUGGUGGCUCCCAAUGUGUCUCUGCGGAGGGAGGCGGAGAUGAGCCCAGAGAUGUUUGGAGCGCUGCUCAAACACCACUACAGCCGCAGAGUGCUGGGCCACGACGAGCCACCCAUGGAUCUUCAUGCGUCGCCUCCCGUCUCUGCUGGCGCCGAGGAGGCCAAAUCCCAACGUGCCGAUGCUGCCUCGGCCACUGAGCGGGAAUGCCAAACCCAGGCAGUUUCCAUGGAGACAAGCAGCCCGAGCUGCAAGAAAGCCACCCACAUCCCCGCCCACACCCCUCCUCCUCCUCCUCCUCCUGCGUCGUUGUUGUCGCCGGUAACGGAAGUAGCAGCUACGGACACAGGCUCCACCAUGAGCAGCAUUGCAGCAGCAGUGGGGGGGAUGGAGGACGACAAGGACAGGAUUGUCGUGGAGAUCAUGCAGAUGUACAGCAGGCAGCAGGAGAAGCUCAACUCCACCCUGCACAAGCAGCUGCAACUGGAAAUGGAGCUGGAGGCGUUGCGCGGGGGCGAGGCGGCGAGGCUACGGGAGUUGAGCGCCGAGCAGAGGGAGCUGCGCUGCGAGCUGGAGGCUGUGCACAGCGAGCAGGCGCGGCAGCUCAGCCAGGCCCGCCAAGAACAGCUGGAGCUGGAGACCCGUCUGGAGCAGCUCCGACAGCAGGCCUGCGCCUGCGAGCCGGGGGCUCAACGCCAGCAAGAGGCCCACUACACUGCACAGUUGUCGGAGUUGCGUCAGAGGCUGGAGCAGGCAGAGGCGGACCGGCAGGAGCUGCAGGAGGAGCUGCGCAGGGAGCGGGAGGCACGGGAAAAGCUGGAGCGCACAAUCACCCAGCUCAAGCAGCAGAUGGCUCAGUCUGGCACGAUGGGAGGCAGCCCCUCUCCUCCUCCUACCCCUUCCACCGGACCCCCUAACGCCCACUCCCCGCCCUCCUCCUCCUCCUCCUCCUCUUUCUCGGAGGCCCCAGCGGCUGGCCACAAGUAACUGCCACCCCUCCAGGCGCCUCCCCUCCCUCAUUGCUCUCCCAGUCACCCGCCAACUCCACAGACACAAACAAAUCAGCCUGAAGCAGAAAGGAGCUUCAGGUCUCCUUUGGCUGUUUUUUUUUUUUUUUUUAAGUUGUGCAUCUCCACCUCCCCCCUUUUAUUUCCGUGUAGGGACUGAUUUUUGUUUUUAUAAUUUAACAUCACUUAAAAGAAAAAAAUUAUUAUUAUUAUUUUUUUUUAUAUAUAUUAUUAUUCUGUCUUUUCGCUCCCCUCUCCUCUUUAAACAGUAUUUAAAGAUUUUUGUUGGGGCAUGUACGUUUUGAUUUAAUUUAUGAUUUUUACUGAACAAGCAGUCCGGUCCUGUAGCGACCAGCUCAACCCAUCCCUGUUUUGUUUUCUCCUCCAUGACUGUCACCUUCCUCUCCCAUCCCUCCUCGCUCUCUCCGGAAUCAGGAGCAAAUGACUCAGAGAUUUCAGACACACAGACUCAGCUCUUCGAGGACGUCACUUCAUGCUACUACCUGGCACAGCAACUGGUGCCCAUGGACACAAGAUGGCGCCUGGUUGCGAGGCCCUUUUCCGUCUCUCUGUACGUACAGCCCGAAUGCUCAAGUACCAGCGACUGCAGGAAACUGCAUGGACAUUUCAACACAGUUUUUCUUUUCUUUUUUUGCUCCUUUAGAGAACAGAAAGAAAAGUGUAUCAUCAUCUGAAAAACAUCAAAUCUAUAUGCAGGAGAAAAGAUCUUUACUAUAUAUAUAUAUAAAAAAAAGACAGAUGUUGUAAAACCUCAUGAAAAUAUGCCAAUAUUGACACUGAACUUGAAAAGAGUGUUUUGAGUGUGACCCCCCCACAAGGUAGCUAGCUAGAAAAUCGUCUUGCCUGGACCCCCAGCUGCUCCUAACACAGACUAGUUUUCCUCUUCCCUCUGCUGGGCAGCACCUGGACCCUCCUGUCGUAGACCAAACAGUCUGUCGGUUGAUCCGCCAGCUGCCCAGCGUCUCCUCUAAAGCUCCUCCGCCCCCUCCUCCUCCUCCUCCUCCUCCCCUCAUGAGGCCUCGCACCUUCCACCACUGUACGCUAGCUCCAUUGCCCUCUGCUGGGAAACUCCUCAACUCUGUUGUUCUGCUUCCACUUUGGAAAGACUGUGCCGUUUUCAAGCUCGGCAUGAAGAAGCUCAGGAGCAGUGUUAUGCACUUAACGUGCUCUCCUCCCCCAGAAUCCCCUGGGAAAGGAAUGUGUCUGGACACGGGGGCUGGCCGAGCCCGUGUCGCUUUUCUAAGAAAGAAGAAAGGCAGAGCGUCACAUGUACGCUGGCUGUGCUGUGUUACCAUAAUACAUAUAACAGCCCUGCAUGCCCGCACACACUCGAGUGUGUCAGUGCAGUCCAGGCAUUCAGGCAGAACAAUGGCCCCAGCGUUCCCAGCAGAUGAUCAAAGCUCCGGUCUGUCCCUGUUUUCUGGGCUUCUUUUUCUGUAUCGUUUGACUUCAUUGUUAGGAGACGGUUUUUUCCCCACCCUGUUUGUCAGAGCGUCAUCUAAGAAUGUGGGUUGCAGGUGAAAGCGGUUAGUCCAGGGUGGUUUGGGCCUCGGGUCCGGCCCCUGCCUCACGUUAUUCUGCAUGGCUGAACAAACAGCAGCGGGCAGGAAGAGGAAGAGAGGGGAGGCGAGGAUUGAGGGGAGCGCUCAGGGGACUGGUGCCCUCUUCCCUGCUGCAGGCUGGGUGGCCCAGACGCUGGAGGUACCGAGGGAGCCCUUUUUGUUUAGCGCCGUCAGAAUGGGGGCAGCUGUUGUUAUCUGGGGGGGGCUGCCCACCCUCGGGUGGGACUGUACAAGGAUCCCCCAUCUCUCAACUCCCUCGCUCCUCUCCCACAAAACGACCGUCACUCACUCACACAUGCCCGUCCAUCCAUCUCCAGUGCCAGAUCAGCUGGGGGUGCGCUGUGUUUUGUAGAUGCCCAGGAGAGCGAGCAGACGUCCAGCCAGAGGAAGAGAGGACUCUUUUUGUGUCAGUUGCCAGGCAAAAGCGCUUUUUAUUGCCACUAUAGAGAUCCCUGCAAGCGAGCGUGUGUGUGUGUAAAUAAUUGUUUAAAAAGAGAGGGGGAUCGGCCUCAGCUAAACUCUGAGCUUUUUUUAUGCAUCUGCUAUAAAUGCAAAUUGAUAGACAUUCCACUGUGCUCCAUCCUGUUCGAUGCAGAUUUUCUUACCCAGCUACCCUUUACAAUAACAGACCUUAAAGACCGGGCAGAGUACAGUUGUGGUUUGUUGAGAGUCAAAAAAGCAGGUGCAGAUGCAAGCCAGUAAAAUCAAACCCAUGCCGCAAAUGUACACUCUACUGUUGUUCCAUUUAAACCUUUAUUGAAAUUAUGAAAGAAAAUAUUUAACGUAUUAACUAAAGAUUUAUAUUCACUUUGUAAAUACAGUAGUCAUUAAUAUAUUAACUGUUCUUAUAUGAAAAAUCUUCAAAAGGUUAUAUAAAUUGGACCAGAGCUAUGGCUUCAGAUGUUUUUUGCUUUCUUUUUAAAAAAAGUGAUUUUCGCAGACAUCAGAGCUCGACUUCUGUCGAGUGGAUGUGGGGGUGUGAAACGCAUGGUUUACUGAGACACGAUGCAGGACAAAGGCAAAAAUAGGAAAAUACUUUGUUACACACUUUCCCCCCUUUCUGAACUGAUGCAUUCGUUUUUUAUGGAUUUCAUCUUGACGGACUUUUAAUGUGUAAUGAGCUUUUUCCCUCUUUAUUAAACCCCCCUCCCCCUGAGCUAAAUUGAAAACAAAACA